CCCCGGACCCUGCAGCCGCCGAGAUGUUGAUGCCUAAGAAGAACCGGAUUGCCAUUUACGAACUCCUUUUUAAGGAGGGAGUCAUGGUGGCCAAGAAGGAUGUCCACAUGCCUAAGCACCCGGAGCUGGCAGACAAGAAUGUGCCCAACCUUCAUGUCAUGAAGGCCAUGCAGUCUCUCAAGUCCCGAGGCGACGUGAAGGAACAGUUUGCCUGGAGACAUUUCUACUGGUACCUUACCAAUGAGGGUAUCCAGUAUCUCCGUGAUUACCUUCAUCUGCCCCCGGAGAUUGUGCUUGCCACCCUACGCCGUAGCCGUCCAGAAACUGGCAGGCCUCGGCCUAAAGGUCUGGAGGGUGAGCGACCUGCGAGACUCACAAGAGGGGAAGCUGACAGAGAUACCUACAGGCGGAGUGCUGUACCACCUGGUGCUGACAAGAAAGCCGAGGCUGGGGCUGGGUCAGCAACCGAAUUCCAGUUUAGAGGCGGAUUUGGUCGUGGACGUGGUCAGCCACCUCAGUAAAAUUGAAGAGGAUUAUUUUGCAUUGAAUAAACUUACAGCUAAAAAACCUUAAAAAAAAAAAAGAAAAAAAAAAA